ACGUCACUGCGCAUGCGCAAGAGGAUUUAUGGCAGGGGACAAAAGUGGCACUGGCGCUACAUUGUACCCAGAACGACUCGGGUUUUUUUUAAUUAAUGGAUCAAGAUUUUGCAGAGGGCCUCGAGGUGCAUCCUACAUCAGAUGAAAAAAGCAGAGCUCUCGGUGAGGAGUCUGAAAUGGCUACGGAUCUUUCGAGUGGCCCUUUUGAAGGACGAGGUCUGAUUACUAGUGAAUUUCUCACUCCAGUUGCUGAAGCACCUCCAGCAGAUGAGGAUGAUGAUGUUUUAUUUGUUGAACCCCUUGCUAAAACAUCAGUCUCUGUUGCAGUACCUGGAACAACAACAUCAUCUUCAACAUCCAUGGCUCCAGUGGAUAAUUUGAAUCAGCCAGAGGUUGAUAAGCUACAAACAACUGUGAAAGAUUUAUCCCCUCCUUUGGACGCUCUUGCUGAGACCAUCAUCAUUGAUGAUGAGGAAGAUGCUGAAUCUGGGACAGUCUUGCCUGAAAAAAGUGUAUCACCAGUAUUAAAUAAGGAUAGUGACCUAGAUCCAUCUAAAGUGGAAGACACUAGUUCUUCCAGCAAUAAGGUUCUGGCUUCAAGUCAUUCCCAUAUUGAUACUCCUGUGACCCAUAGCACUAUCAGCACUGAGCCUGAUUCAGAAAUAAGAAUUGCCAAUGUUACAACACUUGAUGAUGGUGAUACCACUCUGAGGAACAGUAGCCGGGAACCUGUUCAUCAAUCACAUUCAAAUGAGGGGGCUAUGGAUAUGAAUUUAAUGAUAACGAGUGUGACAUCAUUGCAGAGCAAUAGCUUGGGUGAAGUGACUAAUGGACCUCAGAUCAGUAGUGCAUUCAGUCUGAUUCCAGAGGUACAAACUGCUCCAACAGCAUCAAAUUCUGAUUCCAGUAGGCAGGGGACUCAGUCUGGUGCAGGAACCUUUAACCCUGGAAGAAUGAAUGCUGCAGGAGAGGUGGUUCAGAAUGGUGAACUGAGAAGUCAUCAAAGGUCUGAUUCAUGGAUAUCUCAGUCUGCCUCCUUCCCAAGAAACCAGAAGCAACCAGGUGUUGAUUCUAUGUCUCCAGUGGCUUCAUUGCCAAAAUCUGUUUUUCCACCACCAGCAUCUCAGCAGCCCACAAAACCAGUAAAGGUUACAUGUGCAAACUGUACAAAACCUUUAAGAAAGGGGCAGACGGCAUACCAGAGAAAAGGAUCAGUCCAUCUUUUCUGUUCUACAACAUGCUUGUCAGCAUUUUCUCAUAAACCGGCUCCCAAGAAAAACUGUACCAUGUGCAAAAAGGAUAUUACAAGCAUGAAGGGAACAAUUGUGGCUCAGGUAGAUUCAAGUGAAUCAUUUCAGGAGUUCUGCAGCACCACUUGUUUGUCAUCUUAUGAAAAUAAGCAGGUUCUUCCAAAAAGCACAGUCAAGACAAGGUGCACAGUUUGUGGGAAACUUACUGAGAUUCGGCAUGAAGUUAGCUUCAAAAACGUUACACACAAAAUUUGCAGUGAUCACUGUUUUAAUAGAUACCGAAUGGCCAAUGGUCUCAUUAUGAACUGCUGUGAGCAAUGUGGAGAAUAUCUGCCCACCAGAUCCUCUGCAAACCACUUUCUCAUAAUUGAUGGUCAGCAUAAGAGGUUUUGUUGUGAAAACUGUGUCAAGGAUUACAAGCAGUCUAUUAGUGUCCAGUCUUCAACAAAUGGACAGACAACCCGUACUCCCAGUGGUGUUCAGCUCAAAUGUAAUUACUGUAAGACAUCAUUCAGUUUGAAGCCAGAGACACUAGAGUGGGAGAACAAAGUAUACCAGUUUUGCAGUAAAACAUGCUGUGAGGACUACAAAAAACUACAUUGCAUUGUUACAUACUGUGAAUAUUGUCAGGAAGAAAAGACGCUGCACGAAACAGUAAAAUUCUCAGGGGUUAAAAAACCAUUCUGUAGCGAAGGGUGCAAAUUGUUGUUUAAGCAAGAAUUUGCAAGACGUUUGGGUCUGAAAUGUGUAAGCUGCAAUUACUGCUCCCAGAUGUGUAAAAGGGGAGCUACAAAGGAAAUUGAUGGAGUUGUUCGAGACUUUUGUAGUGAAGCCUGUUCUCGGAAGUUUACUGAUUGGUAUUACAAGGCUGCUAGGUGUGAUUGUUGCAAAAUUCAAGGAAACCUCACUGAAACAGUACAGUGGCGUGCAGAAAUUAAGCAUUUCUGUGAUCAGCAGUGUUUGUUGCGCUUUUAUUGUCAGCAGAAUGAACCCAAUAUGUCUACACAGAAAGGUCCAGAAAAUCUUUGCUUUGGUCAGGGAACUCAAACAUUGUCAAAGGCAGGCAAUCAGAAUUUAUCUCAUUCUACUUCACCAGUGAAAGAUGUGAAGAAUAAGGCUGUACUUUGUAAACCAUUGUCCAUGACAAAAGCCACGUACUGUAAACCGCAUAUGCAAACAAAAGCCUGUCAGACUGAGCCUGAAGUAAAAACGGAGUAUGUUCCUAUUCCAGUUCCUGUACCAGUGUAUGUACCAGUUCCUGUACACUUGUAUAGCCAAAGUACACCCGUCCCACUAACAGUUCCUGUACCAGUUCCAGUACCAGUGUUUGUACCAACAACACUGGAUAGUGCAGAAAAGAUAGUUCAGACAAUAGAUGAAUUAAAGAAUAAAAUUCCCUCUAACCCAUUGGAAGCUGAUAUUCUGGCAAUGGCAGAAGUUAUAGCAGAAGCUGAUGAGAAAAUUGACUCUGAUGUGACGAACCAUAGUCCAAAAAGCCAUGGGGAAGGUGGUGUUGAAGAUAUAAAAUUAAGUUCACCAGGUGAUUUCUGUGAACCAGAUUUGGAUUUAGAAAUGGAUUUCCCUAAAGCUGUUCCUCCUUCAACUUCAGAAGAAAUAAGAAAUUCAGAAAUCACUCUGCCUCCUGCUUUAUGUGCGGAAAUAGAAGAGAAGCCCCAUCCUCAAGUAAAGAAGAAGGGAAGUAAAAGGAGAGCCAUUUUAAGUAAUGGCCCCCAGGCUGAUAACCCAGAUACUUCACAAAAUUUGUUUACAUUAAAGUCUUCAUAUGGAGUUAAUGCUUGGAAAAGAUGGGUUUUAAUGACAGACAGCAAGGAAGAGCAGGAAAACACUAAAUCAGUAAGGUUAAAAGGAGAUCUGCUAAAGCAUACUGCAGCAGAACUUAACUAUGCACUGUCUCGUUUUGUAUGUGAUAUUCGCAGACCAAAUGGAGAAUCUUAUGAACCUGAUAGCAUUUAUUAUCUUUGUCUCGCAAUCCAACAGCACUUGUGUGAGAAUGGAAGAAAGGACAACAUAUUUUGUGAUACUUACUACCAGAUGUUUAUCCAAGAAUUAAAUAAAAUCUUAAAAGGCUGGAAACCAAGCAUACUUCCAGAUGGUUCAGUGUUCAGCAGGAUUCAGGAACAUCACAUGUGGAGCAGUAAAAUGAUUGGAGAUCAUUCACCUACUGUUUUACUAAAUACUUUAGUAUAUUUUAAUACUAAAUACUUCGGCUUACGAACGGUGGAGCAGCAUUUGCAACUUUCUUUUGCAAAUGUCUUUAAACAAUUGAAGAAUGCUCGUACUAAGGAGAGAACUGUUUGCAUUCAGUUUCCAUCUAUCACUGAAGAUAAAUCAGAGCAAACUGGGAAUAGAAAAAGAAAAGGCAGAGAUGAUGAAAAUGACCCAGAUUAUGAACCUGAAGAUAUGUCAUCUGGAAAUGGAUCAAGAUGCCCCAUUAAAGAUCAUGAUCGACAUAUAUAUGAGCUUUACUUCUCUAAGUGUCCUGAAAGUCUUAAGCAGAGAGUAGACAUGUUUUACGUGACGCCAGAAAUCUCCACGUGUGCGGACAGCCCAUUAUGGUACACAACCUCUUCAUUGGACAGAAGCACCCUGGAAAGAAUGCUUACUCGUGUCCUUUUAAUAAAGGAUCUUUACAGUGAAAGAGACUAUUCAGACAUGGGAGAAAAUGAUUAAUUUUCAUGACUCUGGUCAUAUAGGAAUAUACAGCAUCAGAGAGAGACUUGCUGCUAUAAUUUCUUAGGGAUAUCACACAUAAUUCAAAUAAUCCUCAAUUUAUACAUGUGUAGCAUAUAAUGCCCAGAUUGGGUACUGUAAAUAUGUUUUCUUUUCCCAAAUGUGAGGGGGACAUUUUGUGUUAUCUGUGUAGUGAUUUUAGCAUACUAAACACUCUCUCACAAAACAUUUUUUAAUUAUUUAUUGAUUAGAUUUAUUUGUAAGUUUUUACAUUGCAAAUUCAGACUUAAAUGUGCCAUGUAUAUUUUUAUUUUAGUUCAGGGUGUUUUUUUUCUUUUGUUUUUUAGAUAAGAAUAUGGACAGGUUGGAGUGAAUACAGUAUUUAAAAACUCAUUUUCCCUACUCUCUCUCUCUCUCUCUCUCUCCUUACCACUUCCCUAAUUUGCCCUGUCAGCAGGAUAAUGUAAUAUAGUCUUUAGCACUAUUAAAGACCUUUAAAAAAAUGCUGUUCUGCAUAAUCAAUGGGGGUGGGUUAUUGUGUUAUCUUUUGGAGGAAUUGAUAGUAUUUUUGUGCCUUCUUUCUCUCCAGUAUUUGUGAGCCAUGUAUGCUUUUAUUGAAGAAUGAGCGUCUUUUAUUGAAUUUCAAUUUUUUUCAAGUUUGUUACCCUGUAUAUAACACUGGAGGCAUUCUUGCAGUAUGUUUGCUAAUUAUUUUAUAUUAGCCAUUCUUGCCUUUCAGGUUGUGAUGGUUUGUUUUAAAAUGUCACUAUAAACAAAAUUCGUCUGCAUUUGUCAAUGUGGUAUAUAAAUUGUACCACAAUACAAAUUCAAAACUGUUCACUGAAAAAAAAAUCCCCAAACAAAUAUCACAGUAUAUACAUAUUAUUUUCUUAUUUGCUAGAGUUUAAUAUAUUUCAGCUAUAUUUUUGUCAUAUGCCUUUUCAAAUACUAAAAAGUUCACAUUAUGUGGCUGCAUGGGCUCAGAAAAUGAAAUGACAGUGACAUGCCUAGUGUUUAAAAUAAAUGGGACCGAUGACGUGGCUGUCUGCUAGUAAAUGAGGAUUACCUGGUUAAAAUUCCUGUAAUUCUUGAAAAGGGGCUAAAUAUACUGACCUCUGAAUGGUCCUUCAACUUAAUACUCAUCAAGCACUAUAUAGUGAUUUAUGUUUCAUUGGCUAUCAUUCCAAGAAUUCUCCUAGAAGUCCUGCAUUAAAAGUUCCAUAAGUUCCAUAAGGGAUGUUUUUUAUACUAAUACAAAUAAUUCAAUGUUUGCAAGUUACUAAGAAAAGAAAUUUCAGAUUUUCGGUUUACUGCUUGUGGAAUCCUACAGAAAUGUCCAAAUGUUAUAUACUGUACACCACUUGCAUUUUUGUGCGGGAUAACAUAAUGUUAGAAUUAAAUGCAGGUUUACUGCUACCAGGCCAUAUAGUUGUUUUGUACAGUUUUACAGGACUUUGUUGAUUUAUAUAACUUGUACAGUGUUUGUUUAUACUUCUGUUCACACUGAGUUUAUAAUGUGGAUGGCAUCCAGCAGUUAAUUUGUACAUUUUCUUAAAGUAUAAAAUGACUUUCUAACUUGUAUAUUCAGAUGGAGGAUGUUAAUGUUAAAAGAAGCUACUUUAGUCAUUUUCCAAAACAAUUUCCAGACCUCAUUUCUGAACGUGUUCUUUUAUCAAAGCAUGUGCACAGUAAAUUCCAGGUUGCACACACGUAUAGCUUCUUUCUUUGUUAUUGUGAUUUGUUUAUCAGUAGCUUCUUCAAAUAAAGGUUGAAAUAAAAAAAAAAUACAGGUUAACAAAAUCUAAUGUGCAGUCUAAAGACAAUAAUGUUUAUUUCUGUCCCUGUUUUUGUAGCAAGUGAUCUCUGGCAGAGAGGUGCCUGCUAGUAAAGCUAUGCUCUUGUUUAUGUGUCUCCUUAUGGGAGAAGAUUCUGCAGGGACUGUCUCAUGGUUUUAGUUGCUCAUGAUUCAUGACUGUCUCUCCUUUGUGCAAUAGCCGUCCGUCCAAACUGUCCUCUGUUGUGUUAAAUGAUUGUGAAAUGCUAUGGCAAAUUAACCACUCUCACAUUGUGACUUGUGCAACUCAUGGCAAGAGAGAAAUAAAGUAGAUUCAAGCUCAGACUUGCAGAGAAA